CCAAACGCCGAAAGGCUGUGACUCUGCGCCUGGACCUGUGCGGGCUGUGUCCCACCUGCAGCAGGAGGCAGCACCGGGCGCAGGGACCAGGGCGUGUGCAGACCGUACCCCACGUGCAAGAAGAAGGACGUGUGCAGGCGGCGGGGGCGUGUGCAGCGUGGUGUUCCAUCUAGGCGGAGCUUUUGCGCUCAUCUCAAUUCCUUCCCGCUAUAAAUGCAGCGCUGCAAAGGGUCCCUCCACUAAGCCUCCAGCAUUCCACUCCGCCAGCCUUUCCUCGGUCCUCAACCGCUGCCUCCACCCGCCAUGGACCCCAACUGCUCCUGUGCAACAGAUGGAAGCUGCUCCUGCGCUGGCUCCUGCAAGUGCAAAGAGUGCAGAUGCACCUCCUGCAAGAAAAGCUCCUGCUCCUGCUGCCCCCAGGGCUGUGCCAAGUGCUCCCAGGGCUGCAUCUGCAAAGAGGCUUCAGACAAGUCAGCUGCUGCCCCUGAAGUGGGUGCCCACAACUGCCUGUAAAUAGAGCAACGUGUACAAACCCUGUCCUUUUUCACAACCCUGAGCCGGUCUCCACACUUUUCUACAAAGCAUGUAACUGACAAUAAAAGUUGAUUUGAUUAAC